UCGGCGAAAGUUUUUAUGGAGGCAAGCGGAAGUUCGGAGCUGAAGUCUACGCCCCUUCGUCGGUGAUUGGUCAACAACCCAGUCCACCUUGGUCGUAGUUGCCAGCGUCCAAACUAGGCUGCCACAAGCCGAAAACAUCGCCACACACCCGGGCAGUAGUAGUUUUGAGCAUGGCUAAUUCAACUGGGAACAGUGUCGUACCACCGGGUCAGACAGCGGGGGGAGGCAGCCGUGCAGGAGACGACCAUGUGAACCCAGAGUACAUAGCCUUCGUCCUGGUGCCGGUCUUCUUCCUCCUGGGUCUCCUGGGGGUCUUGGUGUGUCACGUCCUGAAGAGGAAGGGUUACCGCUGCACCACCGAGGCUGAGGAUGAGGAGGCGGCCCGGGUAGCAGAGGCGGAAAAGAAGGAACUGGAGAUGUGUACAGAGCUGAACGACACCUACAGCGAGGACAAUGACGACACCGUGGGAAAGAUUGUUCAUUACAUCAUGAAGAAUGAAGCAAACUCCGAUGCUCUCCAAGCCAUGGUUCCUGAAAACAGCAUAGACUCAGAAGGCCCACCGCUGACUCCCACCCUCCCAGUGACCCCUAUCUCACCUCGUGUCCCGGCGGGACUUGCCAAACACACCUGCGACCACCUGCACACCAUCGGCGGCAUGGGGGGCCUCAGGAGCGUCUGCAACCGCUGCAAUCACAAGAAGUGGCCCCUGAUGAGGCGUGUGUCCGCCAAGAGGAUAGCAGACAGGAGGAGCCACGGAGAGGUCACUGUGUUGGCCGUGGGGAGGUUCCGGGUUACAAAGUGUGACAAGGAGAGGCCCGUCAGAGAAAGGCGGACCAUGCUCAGCACAGACUCCAAUGGGAGCGCGCCCACGGAGAAGGAAGCCUUUGAGAGCAGGACCAUCUCCGAGUCACAUCAGGAGCAGAACGAUGAAGGGGCUGAUCCAAAGUGACAGAAACCAAGAGCAGCGCAUGGCUUCCUGAAGAGAGCCGAGGGGGGAAAUAUGAUCAUUUGCAACACUUUUUAAACCCAGAAUCAGACCGUAGAGAAGCAUCAGUGCGAGAAGAGCAGCAGAGGUAAUCCAGGGGUAAGUCCCUCCCUAUCUGUGCCCCUCCUCCUUUGAUGGUCAGACGAGAGAAGACAGCGGUGUUGAUGGUGAAUUAGAGGAUGAAGAUAAGACAGGAGGUUACUCUCUCUUAUCAAACUGGCCCUCUGUCUCGGGCAAGGUAGCGGAAAAGGGUGUGAAGUAUGGCAUGUUUGAAAGAGCCAUUGUGCAGUUCAUCAGACAGUGAGUCACUGGUAGUGCCCCCACACCCUCUCGUCACCAAAGAUGUGGAAACCACCACCAACGUUAAUGGUCAAAAAAAAAAAA